AUGUUGAAUAUAACUUAUGAUGCUAAUGUUAUGAAUAAUGAUCAAGAACAUUCAUAUUGCGAUUGGGAAACUUUACUAAAUUGUAAUAAAGAUUUAUCAACAUAUAAAGUUCUAUUAUCAAUAGCUGGGAUAUUUGAUUUUUUCGUUUUCUUUAUGACUUCUUCACUUCUAUGUUGGAGAUUAUAUUUUCAUUCCAAUGAUAAAAUGUGGAAAAUAUAUAAAUGGUCAUCGAUAAAUAUCUCAACGUUAUGGUUAGCUAUAUUUUGUCUAUUUCGGAGCCUUUGUAGCACUAUUACCGUAUUAAAUCUGUUUGCAGAAAACAUGGUUAUAAGAAGUUUAAUAUACAAAAUAGGAAUUAUACCGGGUCAUUUCGCGAUUCAGACUUACUUGGCCAGUAUAUUUCGAUUAAUUCCCAAAUUAACCUUGAGUCAAUCCAUUUCAUCAUUAUCCUUAAUUCCUUAUAAAAGUGAACGUCCAAAUACUAAAAUAGCAACCAUAUGGAUACCAAAAGGUAGUCAAGUCACGAUAAUCUUUCGGAUUUUGUCAAUUUAUACAUUAAUCGGCGUAUCUAGUCUUCUGUUGAUCAGAGGAUUUGAUAUGAAUAGGAAUGGUGAUAAUAGAAGUGCAAGGAUCCUUUCAUUUUGUGUAGAUUUGAUUUAUGAAUUUAAUAAUUUAUUUUAUGUAAUAUGUCUUUUAUUUUAUGGGAGUAUAUCAGUUAAUUUGGCCAAAAAAGGUAUUGAAUUGGCUGGAAUUGAUGAUAUUGAUGAGAAUUCAAAUCAAGCUUCACAAGAAAGUCAAAUUAGAUUUAAAGCUCGUAUUCGCAAGAGGAUUGAAAAAUGUGACGAAAAGUAA